AGUGAACUUGAGGUUUACUUCUGCUGCCUGCUUCUCUCCCCCCAGAAAAAGAAAGAAGAAACCAACGACGGCCCAUUUCUCAUUUUAUUACUCUCUCUCUCUCUCUCUCUCUCUCUCUAUAUAUAUAUAUAUAUAUACAUGAAUCUAGCAAAGCCGGCCGUUUCUUCAGCCAUUAAAUCAACCAUAACCUUGUCAAUCUUGGAGACCCACUUGCAACAUUCCCUAAAUCUCAAGCAAUUUACCCAAAUUCUCUCUCAGAUGAUCCUGACUGGAUUCAUCAGAGACACUCAUGCUGCAAGCAAGCUCCUCAAGUUCUCCACUGAUUCACCCCUCAUUCACGUCGACUACUCUCGUAAAGUUUUCGAUCAUAUCGAAAGCACUAAUGCAUUCAUUUGGAACACCAUGAUGAAAGCUUAUUUACAGAGAAAUUAUCCUCAAAAGGCAAUCUUUCUUUAUCAACUGAUGUUGGUAAACAAUGUGUGUCCUGAUAACUACACAUACCCAAUUCUUGUUCAGGCCAGCGCUGUCCGAUACUCGGAAUUGGAGGGUAAAGAGUUGCAUGAUCAUGUACUCCAGAUGGGUUUUCAUUCAGAUGUUUAUGUCCUGAACACUUUGAUUAAUAUGUAUGCGGUUUGCCAAAAUAUAAGGGAUGCAAGGAAGUUGUUUGAUGAAAGUCCUGUGUUGGAUUCGGUUUCGUGGAAUUCGAUUCUGGCAGGGUAUGUACAGAUGGGAAAUGUAGAAGAAGCAAAAUUGAUAUAUGAUCGGAUGCCCGUGAGGAACAUAAUUGCGUCAAAUUCUAUGAUUGUGUUGCUUGGUCGGUUAGGUUGUGUGAGUGAGGCUUCUCAGUUGUUUAAUGCCAUGGACGAAAAGGAUAUGGUUUCUUGGACUGCAUUGAUUUCUUGUUAUGAGCAAAAUGAGAUGUAUGAAGAGGCUCUGCUUGUGUUUAUGCAAAUGAAUUCUAAUAGAAUAAUGGUGGAUGAGGUUGUGGUGAUUAGUGUUCUCUCUGCAUGUACACACUUGUCUAUUGUCAAGACUGGGAAAUUGAUCCAUGGCUUAGCUUUAAGAAUUGGAAUUGAGUCUUACGUUAACCUUCAAAAUGCAUUGAUUCACAUGUACUCAACUUGUGGUGAUAUUAUGGCUGCGCAACAAUUGUUUAAUGUGAGCUACCACUUGGACCAGAUAUCCUGGAAUUCCAUGAUAUCUGGAUAUUUGAAAUGUCAGUCCGUAGAAAAUGCUAGGGCAUUGUUUGAUUCCAUGCCCAACAGGGAUAUUGUGUCCUGGAGUGCAAUGAUAUCAGGUUACGCACAAGUUGACCGGUUCUCAGAUACUAUAGCAUUGUUCCAACAGAUGCAGCUUGAAGAAGUUAGGCCUGAUGAGACCACUUUGGUGAGUGUACUUUCAGUCGACAAGGGCCGU